AUGUAUAAACGAAAUUAUCUCUCUUCCUUACUACUUCGCUUUUUUUUUUACUUCUUUUUAAUUCAAUAUCCUUUUUCUAAUACUUUUUCUUCUUUUUUUCUUUUCUUUCUGAUAUUUCAAUGUCUUUCUGUUGUUUCCUCCGACAUUUUUCAUAAUUUUUUUAUUUUUUUUUUUUUGGAUUUUCUCUCUAGAAUCUUUUUGUAUUUCAUAAUCCAUCAUUCAUCUCAUAAUGUUUUUUUUUUUCCUUUUCUAUGUUUAUUUGUUUUUCUUUUAUCCUACUCAUUUUUUCUCCUUCUAUUUUCUUCGUUUUCUUUCUUUUCCUUUCCUUCAUUUCUUCCGCUUUCUCCGAUUGCUUUUCUCUUCAAACUUAUCGUCUUUCUUUUCAUGAUUCUUUUUCAAUUUCUUCUGAUUUUCCUUUUUGGUCAACAUCAAGUUCCAUGUUUUAUUUUAUUUCUUCCCUUUGAUCUCCUUUUUCAUUAUCCUUAUUAUCAUCUUUUCUUACGGUUUUUCUUCUUCUCUGUCUUUUUCAUUCCCUUCACUUCACCAUCCUUCUCCUUCUUUUCCUUCUUUAUCACCGUCCUCUCCUCCUUUUCCGUAUUUCUGUUAAUUUUUACCGCUUCUUUUUUCCUUUCUUCCACCACUAUUUUUUCUCUCACUUUUACAUCUUUCUCGGUUACUUCAUAUAUUUCCUCCACAUACCCGUUUUCCCUUGUGCAGCAUUUGUUUGUUUUAAACACCACCACAUCUUGCGACUUCUUCUAUUUCGCCAUCUUUCUUACACUCUUUCGAUCUCAUCACGUCUUUUUUUUUUCCACCACCAGCUUCGCUUCCUCCUUGAGUCUUCCUCUCUUGCGACUGCUUCAAACACCUUUAUUUAUUUCUUUAUUAGUUGCUUCAAAUACGCUCUUUCUCAGAUUUCCUCAACUGUUCAACGUCAAUUUUCCUCGGCACGGUUUUUCGUCUCAAGCUCAUCUUCCCACCGUCUUUCCGCGCUUCUAG